AUGUCUCGAGAUCGGAUUAUAUUUGGUUUUGAUCCUCAAAAUUUAAAAUUAAAUGAAGAAAUUUCUGACUUUAACUCUUAUUCAGCUUUGAAAUUAUUAUUUUUGCCGACAGGAAAAUUUUUGAAAAUAUGGUCAUGAAUUAUUUUUUUGCUAAUAAUUAUAUGGAUACUUAUUAUACCUAUUUCAAUAGCUUUUAUUUAUGAAGAUGCUUGAACAUGAUUUUCAAUUGAUUUUUCUAUUGAUCUAAUAUUUAUGAUAGAUAUUUUUAUUAAUUUUAAUAGUGGAUAUUACAAGUCGUACAAAAAUCUGAUUGUUAAAAAGUCAACAAUUGCAGCCCAUUAUUUAAGUACUUGGUUUUUAUUUGAUUUUAUAAAUUGCAUCCCUUGAUCAAUCCUAUAUAUUAUAAAUAUCACUAAUAGCCAAUCUUUUAGAAUUCCUAUAUUGAUGAAAGUAAUAAGAAUUAUUAAACCCAGGGAACUAAAAAAGAAAUAUAACUACUCUCCCUUAUGAAAUUUCGCAAAAUUCAUAUGCUGUAUUAUUCUUUUUAUUCACACGAUUGCAUGCGGAUGAUAUUUUUUGGGCAUGAUUGAAAAAAUGGACCAUCGAAAUUGGCUCAACCGAUAUAGCAUUUCACAUGAAAAAAUUUAUAAAAAGUAUUUAAUUUCGCUUUAUUGGACUUUUGUAACUUUAACAACAGUAGGAUAUGGGGACUUUGUCCCAUUGACAAAUACUGAAAAAAUAUAUGCCAUGUUUGUCAUUACUUUUGGAGCAGGAUUUUGAGCUUUUACAAUUGGAUCACUUAUUUCGAUCAUAAAACAGCAUGAAAAUAAUUAUUCAGGCCUAAAUAUUAAAUUAGCAUGUUUUUCAGAGCUGUGCACUCUUAUUAAUCUUCCUAAAGGAUCUAAAGCAAAAGCUAAAAGCUACAUGAAAGAAUAUUAUACAAAAAAUUUACAAAACUGAGCUUACCCAGGGAUUUUAUUGAGAGAUUUGGCUCCUAAGCUAAUCCGCGAGUUAAAUCAUCAUAUUUAUAAACGACUUAUACAAAACAUUGAGUUUUUCCAAUCCAGACCUAACAGUUUUAUUUCUUAUAUAGCUCCAAAACUCAGCUUGAUAAAUUUCAAAGCAAAAGAAAUCAUCUAUAAAAUGUGAGAUUCAGCUGAUGAAAUGUACUUUUUAAGUCAAGGGAGGAUUAAUUAUAUAAUAAAAAAUGGUACUUCUUUUAGAAGUUUAUCACAAGGAACUUAUUUUGGAGAAAUCGAAAUUUUAGAAAAUAUUCCCAGAUGAUUUGGAGUUAUUGUAGUCUCUAAAAUAGCAGAAAUCUUUUUGCUUAGUAAGCUAGAAUUUUCAAAGAUGCUGCAAGAAUUUCCAGAGAUUGAAGACGAAGUAAUUAAAAUUUCAAAUAAGAGAAAACAAAAAUAUCAAGAAGAUAUCGAUAGAGUAAAAAGUUUAGUUACAGCUGAAACUAAACUUGAGGAAGAUUCUGAUGAAAUUUCAAAUAUAGCCAAUGAAAAUUUAGAAUUAGACACAAUUGAAGCAUUACCUGAAGAAUCAGAGAUAAAUUAUAUACUGAAUAGGUUAGACACAUCAACUUAUGUUUCUCUCACAACUGAUAGCUAUGAAAAGAAAAGAAACAGAUCGCUAUGAUCUAAAGCACUAACAGGCGAUCCAAAAGGAUGAGUUUAUGCUAAAGCAAAAAAAUUAAAGAUUUUACUUAAUAAGAAAUUAAUUAGCUGAUAG